AACUCACUACCAAACAGGCAACAAAACCACUGUCAAUAGCAAUUCGCAUUGCACCAUUUGUUUUGGUUCUACAAUGCGAGAUACUAUCACAGCUCAUCCAAACGCUCUUCAACCUUCACGUUGCACACCCACACCUCAUCACUCUCUUCACUCUCAUUCAUUCCAUCUCCGUCGCCAUGUUGCGCUCUCUCUGGCGAUCCAUCGAUCGCUUCUCCGUUCAAAACUUCCAACAUGUAAUAAACGAACUACGGAUGAUCAACGUUGUGGACAAAAGUAACAGGGAGCUUGUGAUGGAUUUAUUGCAGUCCGUUGUGGAGAUUGUGAUGUAUGGUGAUAGACAAGAUCCGCAAAUUUUUGAAUGUUUCAUGGAGCGCCAAGUGCUGGCGGACUUUGUUCACAUUCUUAAGAUCAGUGAAGAUUCGAAAAUUCAGGCACCACUGCUUCAGUAUCUUAGCAUAAUGAUUCAAAACAUGGACAGUGAACAUUCAAUUUACUAUUGCUUCAGUAAUGGUUAUAUUAACAACAUUAUUUCACAUCCCUUCAAAUUUGAUGGACAAGACCUAGCUCCAUACUAUGUUUCUUUCCUAAGGGCUAUUAGCAGCAAAAUAAAUAGGGACACACUUUGCCUUCUUGUGGAUAUUCAGGGGGAUGCUGUAGUCUCCUUUCCCUUGUAUACCGGAGCUCUAAGAUUUGCUCAGCAUGAAGAAAAGAUGAUUCAGACAGCUAUACGUGCAUUGGUUCUGAACAUCUACAACGUGAGUGAUGACAAGGUCUAUCAAUUUAUAUCAACUCCACCAGUUUCAGAAUAUUUCUCUGACCUGAUUUGUAGAUUAAAAGAUCUAUGCUUUCGGUUAGAUGCUUUUGUCAAUGAUAAAGAGAAAAUGGACACUCAGAAAAGAAGAAAUGGGAUUAUUCUUGAAUCUGAAAAAAUUGCAGAUGAACUGUAUUACUUCAAAGACAUUCUUAGUGUUGGCGAGCCUCGUUUGACUAGACUGGUUAUGGAAAAUCUUUUGAAUGGACUUGUGUUUCCUCUACUAUGUUCAUUUAUGGCUUCAAAGAAUAAAAAUGGAUCUGACUUAUCUGCUAUCACUUCACUAUAUAUCAUAUCCCGCCUUCUCCAGGUUGUCGGUGGAAGAAGCAUGAUUAACAAUGUGGCUUUUGUUCUUCUGUAUCAUAUAUUGAACUUCAAUGUGAAAAGUCUGAGUGAAGGGAAUACUUCUGAUUUCCAUUAUGAUAUUGCAACCUUUUCAAAGUGCUUGAAUGAAGUGGAAAAAGUUAUAUCUAGUGCUUCCGAGUCAAAUGGAUCUCAGAGUAUCAACGGCACCUAUUUAGGUGCUCAUUGGGAAAGUUUCAUGUCUAGUAUCAAUAUUUAUAGUCCAAAUGGUGAAAUUUGUUCCCAAAGGAGUGGAAUAUUUGCUUUUCUUUUCUGUAAGGAUCAAAGCCUAUUGUUAGCUUCAAUAUUUCUCUUGCUUAUCCUGAUUGAGAGUAAAGAUCUUGAUUGUGACUUGUCACUGAUGAGUAAGAUAUCUGAGAUGGGGGAUCAGAUGACUAUUGGCACAACAUCUAAGACUGUGGAUGGAAGUAUCUUCGUUAAGUUUAUGCCUGAGAUUUUAAAAGCACUGCUGAACGUUUUAGCCUUCCAGCAACCCCUCUCAACAAUGAUGCUAUGGCAUGCGGGAUGGUGCCUGCAAAAGCUACUGGUCUUCCAUAAAAUGGAGCUUGACAGUGAUAAUCUUCUCCUAUUCACUACUUCCUAUGAUCAGUCACGUGUAAAGUUUAUGAAAGAACUUGAAGGAGUUUGGUUAGAUCAUAUUCCAGAUACACUAAUUACAGAAUUGGCAAGCUGUAAAAGAGUUCUUGAACAACCUACUCAAUACAAAGAUCCAUUAUUCAUGUUGGAGCUUGUUCUUCAUCAACAACCGACCAAUGGUCAAAGAGCUUCAUAUUUUGCAUGGCACAGGAUGGUUGAUGUAGUGAAGGCUUUUGUUCUCCACAUCCAGUUGAGGACAUUUAUUUUCAAAGGAGCAUUGCUAGAGAAGCCAUUGUUGAACAUGAUUUCCAGUUCUACCAAUGAUUCUGGAGUAAUUCGUUCUUUAAAUAUUUCAUCUGCUAGCUUUGGGUCCAAUGUUUCGUUGGAGUACGGACUACCUUGUGGAAUUUCAUUUUCAAAUUCUGAAAUUAGGGAUAUAUAUGUGAUUCCAGUAGCAAGUGGAACAGUUGGAAAAUUGCUUCUAGCAGAGAAGCACCCAUUCCGCAGUCGACAUGGUGUUGUGAUUGCAAUUGCUCCGUUGGCAGGGCUAUGUCCUAAGAUAGAUGAGCAGCACUCCUCAUGGUUGCAUCUUCGAAUCAGAGAGUUUGACCCACAGUUUUAUUCAAUCAAAGGUAGAGGAAACCAACUGAGCAUGCCUGAUCAUUAUUCGGCAGAUGGGAGAUGGACCCUUGGUUUCCCAAAUGCAAGAGCUUGUGAGGAAGCUCAAUUAGCGAUUUUGAAUGAAAUGGGCAAGCAGAGAUCAGCCGUGGAGUAUAUGCUUGCUCCAUUGCUUGAGGAUGAUUCUGGAUUAGCUCAAAACUGAGGUAGUUAAGUUGUAAGAAUCAGUUUUCAUGGUUAGUUUAUAUACUUCCCUCUUUUAAUUAUAACUUGUUUGGAAGAGAUAAUUUAAGAAAGUAAUAAUUUAAUUUUUUUUUAGAUAAAAUAAGUUGUUUGGAAUCAGAAAUUAUGAGAAAUUUUAUAUUUUAAAUUUUUAAUAAAGUAUUUAUUUUAAAU